AGCAUUUACAGGAAUAUUGCUUCAGUUUUAAUUCAGCAACACUUUGCAGGGUCUAGGUAGUGUGAGUCUUAAACAAACUGUAGCUUAUUUCCAUAAUACUCUUAUGAAGCUUCUGUUCCAUAAGAUGGAUCACCUAUUUCCUUUUGUUUUUACUUUGGUGCCUACUUUCAUUUUUGUGAACUCGACUUGGCUCAUCCUGCCACGAUCCUUAGCUUUCUAUAUUUACAAAUUUUGCUGUCAUAUGUUGUUUGAAACUGAAAUCUCUAGAGUUUCAGCACACUGUAAAAAAAGAAUUUUGCUGAACACUAACCAGCCGGUUGGAAUGUUUAAGCCUGCUCUGGUACAGAGUGCACCGUGCAUACAGCAGAACCAAGUGGCUUCGACUGUACGGUGUGGUUGCAGGCAGGCAACUAGUCUAGUGGCUGCCUAGCUCCCAUCACAGUCUGGCCACAAAUUGGUAUGAAGCAGACUUGUUUGAACGGGUCUCCUUGAACCCCUGAUGGACUGGGACUUUGACCGUAGACUCCGUGGGGCUAGUAGUAUGGCCAACCAUCUCUAGUAGUACGGUCAAACAUCUCUGGUAGUAUGGCUCGGGCACAUAGGUAAAAACUAGUAACACAUGGAUAACAAGCUUCCACGCACCCCUGUCCAAAGCCAAGAGCAGAAUAUGAAGAUUUUACUUGCAUCCUCACCAUAACUAUUGCAUUUUCAGACCUUUCUUCCCUAUAGCUGACUGCAAAUGCCAGCUGCCAGUCAAUGUUGUCCCCUAUGCACGUUUGAAUUAACUCUGUUUCUGCACACUAGAAGGUUGCCUACGAAUAAUACCGGUCGAAAUUGUCGAGUAGAAAAUGGAUUCGACCCUGCUUAUAUCACAAACAAACAUGACUGUAGGCAAAUAUAUAUUACUUCCAAUCAUGUCUAGACUUCACUAAUCAUUGCUUUAACAUAAUUUGUUUUGAUAUGGCAGUCCACAUGCUUGUAUGCAUAGGGUAUUCACCGGUAGAUGGAACGUGGGUGUAAUCCUUUAUACUACCUCUGUACCAAAAUAUAAGAUGUUUUUGCAGUUCAAUUUGAACUACAAAAACGUCUUAUAUUUUGAUACGAAGGGAGUAGAUUUUUAUGCUCACACCUCAUACAACUAUGUUUUUUUUUACUAAGGAUCAGUGAUGAGAAAGGUGGUUAUGCCUGAAAGUUCAUACAAGGAGCAUAGUAAACCCCCUGUUACUACUUUCUCUCUGUAGAUUUAUUGUCAGCCUGGUUCUUCUGAUGUGUGUGGCUAGCAGGACUUUUCUUCCAGGAAUCUUUGAGCAUAAAUGCAUAAUUGAGUGACUUUGACAGUACCGUGUGGUUGCAGGCAGUCAACUAGUCUUGUGGCUGGUAACUCCCAUCACAGUGUGGCCACAGAAUUGUAUGAGCAGACUUCAUUGAAUGGGUCUUCUUGAAACACUGAAUGACUGGGACUGGGACUUUGACCAUAGACUACAUGGGGUUGGCUUAAAGAUCUCUGGUAGUAUAACUCUAGUGCAUAUGCUUCCCCAGAUAUCUAGUUCUUGUUCUUCCAAGAUGUAUCGCACAACCAAUCUCUUGUUCACCCUCAUCAUCCUAAGCAUCACUUCAUUUUCACGAGUGGUGCAUGCACUAGCACUACAAACCCAGUAUGCCCAUGGCAGUGGCUGCAUCCCUGCUGAGAGGGCCGCCUUGCUUGCCUUCCAGAAGGGGAUCACAAGUGACGGCGCUGAUAUCCUCGCCUCGUGGGAAGGGUAUGAUUGCUGUCGGUGGAGGGGCAUCAGCUGCAGCAACCGAACAGGCCAUGUCAUCAAGCUUCACCUUCGCAAUACGUUUCCAGGCCCUGACGCCUAUAACUAUAAUGGGUGUGAUGAUGCCAAUUCAUUGUUCGGCAAGAUAAGUCCCUCUCUGCUUUCCUUGAAGAAUCUAGAGCACAUGGAUCUUAGCAUGAACUGUUUGCUAGGGCCCAAUAGCCACAUUCCUCAGUUUUUGGGAUCCAUGGAUAACUUGAGAUACCUUAACCUCUCUGGCAUUCCAUUUACCGGUAGAGUUCCUUCUCAGCUUGGUAACUUGUCUAAGUUGCAACAUCUUGACCUUGGCGAGGGUUAUUCCGGCAUGUACUCAUCGGACAUCACUUGGUUAACAAAGCUACCCUUGCUGCAGUAUCUUAGUAUGAGCACAAUAAAUCUCUCAAGGAUAGCUGACUGGCCUCGUCCCUUGAAUAUGAUUCCAUCACUAAGAGUUAUCAAUCUUGCUGGAUGCUCACUUGAUACUGCAAGUCAAUCGCUUCCCUACUUUAACCUCACAAAACUUGAGAAGCUUGAUUUGUCCUCGAAUAAUCUAGGCCACUCAAUUGCAUCAAGUUGGUUUUGGAAAGUGACGAGCCUCAAAUAUCUCAGCCUUCGUGCGACUCAGUUAUUUGGAAAAUUUCCGGAUGCACUAGGAAACAUGACGUCACUCAAGGUACUUGAUUUGGCAUUCAACAAUCUGAAUAAGACUGAAAACCUUCAAAGUCUUCUUAAAAACCUUUGCUGCUUGGAAAUCCUCGACCUCUCUAAAAAUGUUAUGAAUGCAAAUAUAGUGGCGUUGAUGGAGGGGUUGCCGGAAUGCGCACAGGAAAAGUUGCUAGAGCUGCAUUUCAGUGAAAACAAUUUCAUCGGGACCUUGCCAAAUUUUAUAGGGGAAUUCAGCAGCUUGAGCAUGCUUGACCUGUCCAGAAACAACCUUGUUGGACCUAUACCGCCAGGGCUUUGGAAUUUGACCCGUCUAACCAUCCUUGAUCUCAGCUGGAAUCAACUCAACGGGAACGUACCAACUGAAAUUUGUUCUCUGAAGAAUCUGGUUUCUCUGAGACUAAGCAACAACAGACUUGGUGGUGCGAUCACAGAAGGACACUUUGCAAAUUUAAGAAGUUUAAAGGAAAUAGACUUGUCUUCCAAUAAUUUGAAGAUUGCACUGGAUUCAGAUUGGCUUUCUCCCUUUAGGCUACAGUCUGGAGAUUUUGCAUCUUGCCAAAUAGGGCCUUUAUUUCCAGCUUGGCUUCAGCAGCUGCGGGGGAUCGAUUCACUUAACAUUUCAAACACUGGUUUACUGGACAAAUUUCCUGAUUGGUUUUGGUAUACAUUUUCAAGGGCAACUGAUCUCGACAUCUCUAACAACCAAAUAAGUGGCACCUUGCCAGCACAUCUGGAUGGCAUGGCUUUGGAAAAACUCCACCUAGGUUCAAACCGGCUCACCGGGUCAAUGCCUUCGUUGCCGGCAAAUAUUACUUGGUUAGACAUCUCCAAUAAUAAGUUUUCAGGAGUAAUACCAUCCGAUUUUGAAGCCUCCCGACUUCAAAUCUUGAUUGUCUAUUCAAAUCGAAUUGAACAACACAGCUAUGGUGUUUUUGGACCUUGCAUGGAAUAAGCUGUCUGGAAGAUUGCCUACAUGGAUAGGAGAUCUGGGGAAAUUAAGAUUUGUACUACUGAGCCACAAUGCAUUUUGUGAUAAUAUUCCGGCCGAAGUAACAAGGCUCAGGAAUCUUCAAUACUUGGAUCUAUCAGCCAAUAAUUUCUCUGGUGCAAUACCUUGGCAUCUAUCAAACCUGACAUCUAUGAAAAGGAUACAAAAGGAAUUCAUGGGUAUGUAUGACACAUAUAAUGCAUCCGCGCACAUUGGCGAGAUGGGAGCUGGUCACC